UCACAAUCGUUAAUUUUUUUGGAAAACGUCCCCUCCAUCGAAACAUAGCCUAAAUUCGUGCAUGGGACGAUUUGACACAGAGACGAGCUUCCUAGCCUUUUUAACUUUAUUUUAAAUCCGAAUGAUCUUAAAGGGGAUGGAAUCCCUUUGUUAUGUUGGUAUAAAUUGUCACUGUACUGUAAUAUACUGAUUCUUUCAGUCAAGCAGAACACAUGCACAACAGUUACUGAGUGAAAAUGCCAAAAAAUCAUUCAAUUAUUUUGUUAGCCGCAGGAGCUGCACUGGGAUCAAGUCUUACACUUGCCCUGCUCAAGUUAAUUUCAAGCAGAUAUAUCUUACUUGGUGGCCCUAAUGCAUCUUUUGAUGGGGAGGUUCCUUAAAUAGGAAUUCAUGACAUUUCAAAUCACUUAUUCAAGAAAUAAGAGUCUCAAGAACUCAAGGCAAGCUGUGUCAUCAAUUCAAUACAAAGGCCAAGAGAUGGGCAUUGAUAAAAAUGGAUAUAACACAAGUUCAAUAAUAGAGAGGGAAGCAAAUGCAAAAGCUGAAAAUGAUCUAUUUUCUGAUGAUCUGUUGAAGGAUGAGAUAGUUCAUGAACAUCUUACGAGGAACAUUCAGUUUUUUGGCUUAGAGUCCCAGCAAAAAGUAAAUAAAGCAUUUGUUGUAGUUAUUGGUCUUGGUGGGGUUGGCAGUCAUGCUGCCACUAUGCUACUUCGCUCAGGAGUGGGGAGGAUUCGAAUUGUUGAUUUUGAUCAGGUAUCUUUAUCAUCGUUGAAUCGCCACGCAGUUGCAACAAGAGAUGAUGUGGGGACAUCAAAGGCACUUUGCCUUAAGACGCAUUUUCAAUCUAUUUUUCCAGAAAGCCAAAUAGAUGCUAGGGUGCAGUUAUAUGAUGCAUCAUCUGAGGAAGAUAUUCUUGGAGGUCAACCUGAUUUUAUUUUGGAUUGUAUUGACAACAUUGAUACGAAGGUUUCUCUUCUUGCUGCUUGUGUAAGGAGGGGAUUGAAAGUUCUGUCUGCAACUGGUGCUGGUGCUCGGGCUGAUCCCACUCGUAUACGGAUUGCUGAUUUAAGUGAAUCUUCUACUGAUCCAUUGUCUCGUGCGGUGAGACAUCGAUUGAGACGAGAACAUGGAAUUGAUGGGGGCAUAAGUGUGGUCUUUUCUUUGGAGAAGCCUAAAGUAAAGUUGCUUCCCUUCAAAGCGCCAAAUGGAGAAGAAGAGAAUCCAUCAGAAUAUCAGAUUGUACCAGGUUUCAGAGUCCGUAUUAUACCAGUCUUGGGAACUAUUCCCGCUAUUUUUGGCCAAGUGAUGGCCUCUCAUGUGUUAACACAGCUUGCUGGCUUCAAUAUUCAAACUGAGCCCAUUGUGAGCUUUGAUGUGGACCAUUACUGCUUGCUUCAUCAACGCUUAAUUGAACGUGAAGAAAUUUUAUAUGGUGCAGCCAUGCAUGUUGAGGUGGAUGUUGAGGAGGUUGUCUAUAUUGUAAAAGAGUUAUGGCGAGGAAAAAGUGCCCGAGAUCAAGCUUCAAAGGAUGUAGGACGAGGCAUGUGGCGGUCUGUGAAUAAUUUGACACUAACAAGGUGGGAUCGUUCAAAACCUGCGUCAGUGACAAAUUUAAUACUGUUGAAGUUCAAAGAGGCUGAAGACCACGACACAAAAACAUUGGAUGAAUUAAAAAUGGAGGAGCCAAUGUUUUAUGAUAUGGUUACCAAUGUGCUUAAACAAGCUACAAGAGAUUUUGGUUUAUAAGUUGUAAUAUUUAAAUCAAUCACUUUUUUGUUUGGCCUUUCAAUAAUGUCCUAGUAAAGCAACUAAUAUGUUAUCAAUAUUUUGUAAUGAUCUUAGUUGCUAUGUAUUUGUUCAUAAUUUUUGUUUUAAUAAAUGAUGUUAAUUUUAGAGGGUUAAUUUUUAAAUGUUUCAUAAGACAUACUCUAUUUAUCUAUAGAAAUGUGUGUAAAUUUUGAUGCA